AUGAAGAUUUUACAGAACCUAAUAAAAAGUAGAGGUGCGGAUCAGAAGCGAAGUUCAGCCGCGCAGGUGUACACAGCUCAGAAACUGUGCGACCUGGACAAACGGGUAUUUGACGUGGUCCUAAAGGAAUGUAACUUUGAAGAUGCUGCAGAUCAUCUCAUUACUUAUUUGAACAAGUAUUAUGAAGCUAGCAGACCCACCCAGGCACCUAAACGAUCAGAUCAGCUUCUCAGAAAUAUAAUGAAAGGAUUAGUCGUCAAAUCACCGUUUGGAAGUCGCAGAAACAACUCCAAACGAGAUAAAGAGAGAAAUCAAAUGGAUUCACCGAGAGGUAACGAAAUUGUAGCCAAAGGAUAA